AAUCCACCAACAUGGGGCUCAUCGCAAAGACUGCGCUGCGACGUGUCAGUCAGGUAUCACGAUGCAAUUGCGUCAAAUCAGGCUCUUCAUUGAUACCGGCAACCGCAUUGGCGACUCGAGGCUUCCAAUCCAGCGCGCCGCAGCGCACUGAUGGCGUUUUCCGCGAGCUCACGUCAAUGCGAGUGCGCACGCCCUGGGUAGAAGCUCUACAACAGCAACAGGCAGAAAGCAAAGAGCCGAAAGCGCCUUCUAGCAAGUCUGAGGUGCCUAAAGAGCGCGAUUUGACACCGAAACAUAUGAAUGACAGCUAUCAUUCUGUCGUAUUACCGCUAGCUCGAGAUCCAUGGCUCCUCGAUACUUAUCUGAAUUCCUCAGGCCAUAUACGUCUUGGAACUAUUUUUAUGGAUCUUGAUGCCCUUUCUGGCGUCAUUGCGUAUAAACACACCGGAGACGCUGUGACGACGGUAACAGCUAGCUGCGACCGUAUUACAAUCCAUAGCCCACUCACUGAGAUCUGCGACCUUCAGCUGUCCGGACGUGUCACUUAUGCGACUGGCAGGAGCAGCUUGGAGAUUACGAUGCAGGUUGCAAAGGCGCCGAAAGAGGGCGAGGAGGUCAACGACAAGGACGUGCUGAUCAAUUGCACAUUCACUAUGGUAUCACUGGAUCCAGCGACAAAGAAGCCGGUGAACGUCAACCCAUUGAUCGUCGAGACGCCAGAGGAGAAGCGACUGUAUGCUCUAGGCGAACGCAACUCGAAGAUUCGGAAGGAGCGACGAGAUACUUCGCUUCUCAAGCACACGCCUAAUGAUCUUGAAAGUGACCUCAUCCAUGCCUUCUGGCAGAAGCAACUCCAGUACCAUGAUCCCUACGAUGGCCUAAGGCAACCCGAAAAUGUCGUAUUCAUGGACGCGACGCGCCUCCAGACCGCAACGAUUAUGCAGCCUCAAUUCCGUAACCGACAUCAAUUCAUGAUAUUCGGUGGCUUCCUCCUCAAGCAGACUUUCGAGCUUGCUUUCACAGCUGCCGCAGCCUUCGCACAUGCACGCCCUACCUUCGUCUCGCUCGACCCAUCGACAUUUCAGAACCCAGUGCCGGUAGGCAGCAUACUCUACCUCACAGCGACUGUGGUAUAUACGGACCCGCCGCUCAUCAGAGCGCCUGGUGAAAAGGCCAAUGCCGAUAGCGAAUACACAAGGGUGCAGAUUCGGAUAGAUUCGAAGGUACGAGACGUGGAGCACGGCUUUUCGAAGCCGACAGGCCAGUUCAACUAUACGUUCACGGUACCCAAGAACAUUAGGGUAAUGCCGCGGACAUACCAAGAAUUCAUGAUGUACGUCGACGCACGACGACGAGCAGAGCAGGUCCAACGGACGCUGGACGACGGGUCUGGUGUCAGUCCCAAGACCGCAGAAGAGAGUCUAACAGAGUAGACUGCCCAGUAUUAAGAUUACGUUCGAGCAGUCGGACGAUAGGUAGGGGUGGAGGGGAUGCUGACUGUCUGGGACUGUAAACGAUACUAGUUUAUUGGAAUCUAAUCUAGAGCCGCAAUGCCAUAAUGUGAUCUAUAUUAUGUGCGCAAUGAAAAACUAGUGCGAGCUGAAAUUCCCUAAUAAACCAAAGUCAAAUUCAAACCCAAACGCCAUUGGGAAGCCAUU